GUAUCCUUGAUUGAAGAUAGGGAGUUGGUGACUUUAGUCGAGGAACCAACUCACUAUUCUGUACCGGAUUUACUCCGGUAGUGGAGGUUUUGUUCUUAGGGCCUCAAUCUGGUUACUCCGGUGGAGGUUAGUCGCCCGCUAGAGACUCAGAUUGAGAGGGUCUGAAGACCUUUAGUCGAGACUUCAGGCUGUUUGAGAACCUUCCGCAGUAUAACUAUCAUAGAAACUGAACUUGGUAAUUACAAUCCGGCUUAACUGCAGUCUAGGGGGAACCAUAUCCGGGUGACCUCUCUUAACCUGAAUACAACCGUUUACUCGCUUUGUUAGUGUGUUAGUUUAGAACUGCAUUAAAGUUUUAUUGCUAGAUAACGAGAAUUCACUGAGUAGUCAUCACAUCUAGGACCCGGGUUGAUAAUUAAACCUAAACCCGCUAUACUACGCUUUAGGAAGUGGUUACACUUGGCCAAUUCCUGGAGUGACAGUAGAGUCGAGUCACCAGCCCAGAGAACACAUGAGGAUUAUGAGCUUUAAGUGUGUGAUUUUGUCGCCGUCGUCGUUGUCGUUUCUAGCUUUCUCGGCGGCCAGCGACUUUGGGAUUCAGUUUCUAGAUCUGAAAUCGAAGCGACGCAUGGUAUGGGACGCGACACUGGAAUGAGCGACUGCUGCCGGCUGACCCCUGCCGCGGUGGAGUGUUUUUGGGUAUGGGAUUUGACCCGACGGAGAGUGGGAGAUUGACUCUACGUCUCCGCUUUUGACUGCCGGCGGGUUUUGGAUCUGGGAUAGGGAUGAGAUUUGCGGUUUGAAGUAGUUCUUCUACUUCUAGGGAAUGAUGGUCUCUAUGAUGGAAAGAGGGGGGUUAAUUCCCUACAUAUUGUUUUUUUUUAAUUUACCACUAAUAUAGUGUUUUGAAAACUAUUUACAAGAAUAAUUGUGUUUUUUUAUAUGUUUAAAGCGCUAAAGCCUUAGAUUCAGGCGCUGCCGCUGGAUGCUUUUUUAACAAAAAAACACAGCGGCGCCACCCCAGACUGGGGCUUUGUCGCUUUUAGGAAGGUAAAUGCGUCGGCGCCCCAGACUGGGGCUUUGUCGCUGCCAUUUUUUUCCACUCCAGCACCACCCAUCACCAUAUAUACUGCACCUUUCCUUCGGUUCUUCAUCACCAAAAAACUGAAAGAAGUUCUGAAAGAAGCUCUGGUGUUGCUGUCUGGUUGCUGGGAAGAUGGCUAAUAACAGGUAAGAGUCGUAUUUUAUUUUUCAUGUAUUCAUCAUAAUGAUUUUGUCCGGUUAGUAAUUAGUGAGUUUGUUUUUUAUGUAGUGGUUUUAGAAGAUUUGAACUAGCUGUUCGGUGGCGAUCAGAGAAAGUAGAAGACAAUUUGGGUGUCCAUUUUGUUGGUGGUCUAAGUUUCCAGAUGACUAUUCCAUCCAGGGUGAACUAUCAGAAACUUUGUGAUCAUCUAAUUCGAGAAUACGGAUUAGAGACGAAACAGUACAAGAUAGUGUUGUGAUUACAGGUUUCACCUACUGUCUUCCAGAAUGGCAGAAUGGUGUUUUAUUUCAUUAUGCAAUGCCUAUUGUCGAUGAUGAUAGCUUAAAUGUGCUUUGGAAUUUUAUGGCACAAAAUCCUUAUUGUUUGGGUGCUGAGAUACAUGCUGAGCUCAGUGAGGAUCGGGGUGGAGAGGAAGACGAUGAUGAUGGUGAUGACACAUGGAGCAUGCCAUCCGAUCAUGAUUAUGAUGACGGUGAUGACGGAGAUGAGGAAGACGAUGAUGAGGAGGAGGAGGACGACGACGACGACGGGGAGGGAGGAGAACAACCUAAUUAUCCUCCAUAUUUUUACUUGCAGGGUAAUGAAGAGGACGAGGAAUUAUCAUAUGCUGAUUCAUAUGGCGUAAUUCCAGGGUCUACUAUUGGUGGUUUUGAUGGAGAAUUCUACAAGGGGCAAAUAUUUCACUCGAAACAAGCUGCACAGGUGGCGAUUAAACACUAUGCACUACAACGCAACUUUCAGUAUAACGUGGUGGAGUCGUCACCUUCAUUCUGGAAGAUAAGAUGUUUGAUGCACGAGGACAAGUGUCCUUGGAUGGUGCGGUUUGGAUGUCGAGAUGUGGGAGGCGAUUGGAGCGUGAGAAAGGUCGAGUUGGUGCAUACUUGUAGCAGUACGACUCAACCGACGGAUCAUCGCCAUCUUGAUGUCGACGUGAUAUCUGAGACCGUCAAACACUUGGUACUUGCCCAACAAAAUCUGAGUGUUCUAACUGUUCAGGCCGAGUUGAAAGAUAAGUUUAAUAUGCAAGUUACUUACAAGAAGGCUUGGUAUGGGAAACAAAGAGCAUUGGAGAAGUUGCAUGGAAAUUGGGAAGAAUCCUAUGAUUUUUUGCAAACAUUCUUGCGGGUGGUCAAGAGAAAAAUGCCAACAUCGGUGAUUGAUUGGGUAAGAGUUCCUUCGACUCAACCAGGUCAUUCAAUAUUUCAGCGAGUAUUCUGGGCUUAUGGACCUUGUAUAGAUGGAUUCAAGAAUUUUCCAGGCGUUAUGGUUGUUGAUGGAACAUUUCUUACUGGGAAGUAUAAAGAGUGCUACUCAUGGCGAGCUCAUUUGAUGGCCGGAAGAAGAUUUUUCCAAUUGCAUUUGCCAUAGUGGAGAGUGAGAAUACUGAUAGUUGGCCAUGGUUCAUAAGUCACGUUCAGGGUUUGACUGAUCGAAAUGAUGUAUGCAUCAUCUCAGAUAGACAUGCAGGACUCUAUGAAGCCAUGAAUAACAUCGGAAGAGGUUGGGAGUGGAGGUGGUGCAUGCGACACUAUGCAAGCAAUUUGCAAAGAAAGACUAAAAGCAGAA